AUGGCAGCACAGGCCCACUGGAUACUAGCAGAUGAAGCCUCAAGAAAUCUGAAGCCCUGGAAUUUAGGAAGGCUGGUUGGAGUGGUUUUAGAUGAGCUGAUACCUGAACUUAGUACCUUGCUAAAACUUCUCGAUCAAGAGAACCUGAGCAGCUCUGCAAAAGAGAAGAAGAUCACUGUGAGCAGCAUCCUACAAAGAUUGAAGCCAACUUCAGCAAACACACUUAGUUACUUGUACAUGAACACAGCUGCCUACCGGAAUGGGACAAGCUUUGUAGAGUCUUUGUUUGAGGAGUUUGGUGAUUGUGACCUUCAUGACCUUAAAGAUACAGCAGAGGGGAAUGAAGAGGUUGAAGAGGUAGAGACAGUCACUGAUACAUCAUCACCCAAAAGUAACACUGUGGACUAUGCACCCCCUCUACCCACAACCCCCCCUCCUGAGGAUUACUAUGAAGAGGCUGUACCCCUUAGUCCAGGUGAAGCACCUGAGUACAUCACUUCCAGAAGUAAGUUCCAGCAGGACACGUUGUUAAGAUUUUCCUCUCUUUUUCUUUAUUUUUGUAUUUGUGUUAGUUCAUUGUUGUCAUGUUAUGCUAAGAACUAUUUGGAAUAA